UGCGCUCUUGCAAAGGCUGCCGCGUAGGGCUCGCCAGCUGAGCUGGCGCAAGGCGGGCACCCGCGAGCCCUGCGGCCGCGGACGGGACGGCGCCUCGGGACCUGCCCUGCAUGCCUGGGCCUCUCGGUCUUGUAGCGGGAACAGGGGGAGGCGGCGGCAGCUGUUUGGGCCAAAGCCGGGUCCGCCGAGGGCCCACCUGGACGCUUGAGCCCAGCGGAGCCCGGCCUGCGGGCUGCAGGCUUGUGUUGGCGCUAAGGGCACCCGCGGGGAUGGGUAGAGCCCGCCAGGCCAGUGGCGCCGCCCGGGGGCUGUGCUGGCGCUAGGGCCCCACCACGGCGUUAGGAUGCACCUGUCGGCCGUGUUCAACGCGCUCCUGGUGUCGGUGCUGGCGGCGGUGCUGUGGAAGCACGUGCGGCUGCGCGAGCAUGCGGCGGUGCUGGAGGAGGAGCUGGCCGCCGGCCGCCCCGCCCCAGAGCCCGCCCCCACGCCCAGGAUCGACUACCCCAAGGCCCUGCAGCUCCUGGCGGAGGGCGGCACGCAAAUGGUGUGCAGCGGCCGCACGCACACCGACCGUGUGUGCCGCUUCAAGUGGCUCUGCUACUCCAACGAGGCCGAGGAGUUCAUCUUCUUCCACGGCAACGCCUCGGUCAUGCUGCCCAACCUGGGGUCCCGGCGCUUCCAGCCGGCGCUCCUCGACCUGUCCACCGUGGAGGACCACAACACCCAGUACUUCAACUUCGUGGAGCUGCCGGCCGCCGCCCUGCGCUUCAUGCCCAAGCCUGUGUUCGUGCCCGACGUGGCCCUCAUCGCCAACCGCUUCAACCCCGACAACCUGAUGCACGUCUUCCACGACGACCUACUACCCCUCUUCUACACCCUGAGGCAGUUCCCAGGGCUGGCGCACGAGGCACGGCUUUUCUUCAUGGAGGGCUGGAGCGAGGGCGCUCACUUUGACCUGUACAGGCUGCUCAGUCCCAAGCAGCCGCUCCUGCGGGCGCAGCUGAAGGCGCUGGGCCGGCUGCUGUGCUUCUCCCACGCGUUCGUGGGUCUCUCUAAGAUCACCACCUGGUACCAGUACGGCUUCGUCCAGCCCCAGGGCCCCAAGGCCAACAUCCUCGUGUCCGGCAAUGAGAUCCGGCAGUUUGCCCGGUUCAUGAUGGAAAAGCUGAACGUGAGCCACGCGGGGGCGCCCCUGGGCGAAGAGUACAUUUUGGUUUUCAGCCGCACCCAGAACAGACUCAUCCUGAAUGAGGCAGAGCUGCUGCUGGCGCUGGCCCAGGAGUUCCAGAUGAAGACGGUGACGGUGUCCCUAGAGGACCAUUCCUUCGCCGACGUUGUGCGGCUGGUCAGCAAUGCCUCCAUGCUGGUCAGCAUGCACGGGGCCCAGCUGGUCACUGCCCUCUUCCUGCCCCGCGGGGCAACCGUGGUCGAGCUCUUCCCCUAUGCGGUCAAUCCGGACCACUACACCCCCUAUAAGACGCUGGCCACGCUGCCCGGCAUGGACCUCCAGUACGUAGCCUGGCGGAACACGAUGCUAGAGAACACGGUCACGCACCCCGAGCGGCCCUGGGAUCAGGGGGGCAUCACCCACCUGGACCAGGCUGAGCAGGCCCGUAUACUCCAGAGCCGUGAGGUCCCGCGGCAUCUCUGUUGCCGGAACCCCGAGUGGCUCUUCCGCAUCUACCAGGACACCAAGGUGGAUAUCCCGUCCCUCAUCCAAACCGUGCGGCGUGUGGUGAAGGGCCGGCCUGGGCCGCGGAAGCAGAAGUGGACCGUCGGCCUCUACCCAGGCAAGGUUCGGGAGGCGCGGUGCCAGGCGUCUGUGCAGGGCGCCUCCGAGGCCCGCCUCACAGUCUCCUGGCAGAUCCCCUGGAACCUCAAGUACCUGAAGGUGAGGGAGGUGAAGUACGAGGUGUGGCUCCAGGAGCAGGGGGAGAACACUUACGUGCCUUAUAUCCUGGCCCUGCAGAACCACACCUUCACCGAGAACAUCAAGCCCUUCACGACCUACCUGGUGUGGGUCCGCUGCAUCUUCAACAAGAUCCUCUUAGGACCCUUUGCAGAUGUGCUGGUGUGCAACACGUAGCGAGCGUGCUGUGGCCAGGCGGUGGUUGGGGAGCGGGGAUGGCUCCCCCGGCGCAGUGUCCCGGGGCCCACUUGUGCCCUGCGGUGGC